AUGGUGAUGGUGAUGAUGAUCAUGGUUAAGGUGGUGAUGACAGUGAUACUAGUGAUGGUGAUGGUCCUUGUGUUGCUUCUGACUGCGAGUGUUGUAUACCCAACCCAUGGCGACACGUCUAUCGAUCUGAUCUUAUGUCAGAAUGAUUCGGGUAAUAUAGAUUGUUCUCCUGGUACAAUCAGUAUCAUUGACUCCCAGUAUGGCCGCAGUGCCACGGGUAGUGUGGCCUGCGAUCAUCGGAGUAUCCUUACCACUAACUGUGUAAGUGACGAAGUCACCUAUGCCCGAAGCCAGUGUCAGGAUCAACAGACGUGUGCACUCCAGUGCAGCUUUAGCUAUGAUCCAUGCCCGAACACCUACAAAUAUCUCAAUGUUACAUAUUCAUGUGGACCAUCAGACCCCACAACGCCAGUCAUCACAACGGAGGCUACUACUCCCACUGCUGCUGCUACUGCUGCUGCCGCUACAUGGGUUGUGGUUGACAGCAAGAUUAAACCUAAAAUUACUAUGAAGGAAGCUACUAUUGCUGCUGCUACUACUACUGCUGCCGCUACUACUGCUGCUGCUACAAGGGUUGUGGUGGAAAGCAAGAUAGAAAGAGAAUGCACAGAUGACCGUCCUACUAUCAAUAGUGGUAGUCUGAGAUGCAGCAGUGGUACAGAGAUUGUCGUAACAAAGGGAUUUUGCUUGAGCUUUGAUGAAUGCGAUGACUUUACUACUUCUGCCUUUUCGUCAUGCCCCAGCGCUGAAACAACAAGCCUAUGGAAUAUUUUAUGUCCGAUACAAAGUCAACGUCACAUAUGCGAUAUAACGUGUACCGGCUCGUGUCCAGGAGAAGAUAGCGCUUAUUUCUACGCCGAGUACGAUUGUGUCAGAGUUGGACCUGUGGUGCUGGAGUCCACUGCGGUAGCUACCACCACACCAUCUACUACACCUACCGUUACCACGCCUGAUCCUCUUACCACUGUACCAACGACCACGACAAGCACUCCUCCAACUACUACCCCAUCUGCGUCUACAGCGCCACCAACGACGAGUACUCCAAUUGCCACUACAAAAGAUUCAUCGCCUGGGGCUGUAUUCGAGGAGUUUCUUGCAGAGUGUUUCGGUAAUGCUACAGCAGGGGAAGCGGAUGCCAAACCUUACCGACCUUUGACCUUUACUUCAGCUGGAGAGGAUGCGGACUCUCGCUUAGCUGUCAACUUCGAAUCGCCAUCUCUACAAACUAAACCAGUUAAACUAGCGAUCAAUGCAUUUAGUGAGCCUAGUCAGGCAGACGGUUGCGGCAGUGUACCCGAGCCACCAUCUAAUGACACCGAUGCUGAUGUGGACAAUGAAUCCGAGUCGGCUGCUCCUUCUCGUGUUCUUACUUCCGUCGUCGACGUUACCGUCUACUGUUUCAACGGCGCUCCACUGCAACUCAAGGAUGGUGAAUAUGUCGACGUGGUCUUCCCCGCUAAGAUAGAUUUUGAGAAUGAGGUACCGAUUUGCACAUCCAUGAGAGGAGCUGCAUCGGAUUGGAAAUGGUCUACAGACGGUUGUAAGGUGGUUUAUUCUAACUAUACUCACGUGACAUGUCGAUGUGACCAUCUUGCAUCUAUUGCUCUGGAACGAGGCCCAAAGGGUUUCUCUGUGGGUCAUGUCAACACCAUCGCCUUGCUUCUUAUCGAAAAGAUACUAGGAGCGAUAUCCGUCAUCUGCCUUCUCGUCAUCGUCAUGGUUUACUUCAUCCUCGGCAAUCAGCAUUCUCAACUGGCCAAGAUUCAAUUGAACAUAGCGAUGUCCUGUUGCUUUGCUCACAUGACCUAUCUCGUAGGGAUGAAAGCUACUGGCAACCUGUACGUUUGCGCAGCCAUGGCAGCGGUUUUGCAGUACCUCUCCACGGUGUAUGGAUUGUGGUUGGUUAUCCAGACAGCUCUGUUCCUCAACACUUGUUACAUACAUGGAAAGACACGAGAGGGACUACAUGCAGCUCUCAUAGCACCCAAGACAUUCAGCCUAGAACUGUUACCGCUCACUAGGAUUUUCCUCGCUGUUUGGGGACUUCCCGUGCUACUGGUUGGAGUUCUUUACUCAGAAUACCCGUAUGCAUACGGCACUCCGGAGAGCUGUUGGCUGGUAGAUACGUUGAUACCGUAUAAGAUUUUCAUCUCUACUACAAUCCUCGAACUCCUGGUGAAUAUCACCUUGUCGAUCAUCACCGCAUACUUUAUGAUCAAGAUUGAGCGUAAAUUCCACGGAGAUGAUGAGGACUACGAAGAAUGGACAGAUAAGCUCAAGAUACUUGCCGGAUGGUGCUUACCUACCUCGGUACUGCUUUCUCUGUUACUUGUCAUUGCUUGGGUCCUUCACAUGGUCUUUGAGGUCUGGUCCAGCCUAGUCUUGGACUACUUGUUCCACAUCUGCAUGAUGUCACAGGGCAUCAUCGUCUUUGUGUUCUACGGUGUCUUUAAUCCACAGCUCCGCGAAUCAAAUGCCAAGCAGCAAGACUUUUCUGACAUCAAAACAUCCGAUGAAGGGACUGGCAAGGAAUAGAGGUUACUGAACCAUCGUAAUGAUUCAACACCACCAUGAGUGAGAGGAUGAAUGAAGUUUUCAGCUUUGAUAUGGGGCAAUAUUUUGCAACAGUCUCCCAGAAAACAUGGUGGCAGCUGAGUCGGUUAACUCGUUUAAGGAAUAGACUUGAAAGUCACUUGUCAAAGAAUCCAAGCAUUCUGUAUGAGCCUGUCUAGGUAUUGUCUGUUGUCUCAUGUUUGCACACUAUCUUCUCCCUUCACAAAUAGCAGUAACCAUGGAAGAAUCUUGAAUCGAUGAACAUGCUUAUACCUACGACAUCGUUGGAUUACAGUAAAGUAAAGUAAUGGAAACAGUGCGUACGACUUGAAAUCGACUGUGAUGAUGAUGAU